CAAUCACUAAAGAGCUGUGAUCUUCCCAAACAUUUAAAAGUCAGGCACAGCUUUGUAACUGGUAAGAGCUCCUCUUCGCCAAACUCACAGAAAGGAACACCACUCAUUCUGACAAAACAAGUCUAUGCAGCUGCCAGCACAAUGGAAUCUACGCUGACUCUGUCAACAGAAGAACCUGUGAAGAAGAACGCUCUUAAGAAAUAUAAAAUAAUCUGUGUUGUUCUUCUUGCUUUGUUGGUGAUUGUGUCACUUUCAUUAGGUCUGGGACUUGGACUCAGGAAACCAGAAGAGCAAGGCAGCUGCAGGAAGAAAUGCUUCCUUGCAUCAUAUAGAGGACUUGAGGGCUGCCGGUGUGAUGCAGGCUGUAAAGACCGAGGCGAUUGUUGCUGGGAUUUUGAAGACACCUGUGUGAAAUCAACUCAAAUAUGGACAUGCAAUAAAUUUCGUUGUGGGGAAGCCAGAUUAGAGUCCAGCCUUUGCUCUUGUUCAGAUGACUGUUUGCAGAGGAAAGACUGCUGUGUUGACUAUAAGAGUGUUUGCCAAGGAGAAACCCCCUGGGUAGAAGAAAGCUGUGAUGCAGCCCAGGAGUCUCAGUGUCCAAAAGGAUUUGACCUACCACCACUUAUCCUGUUCUCAAUGGAUGGAUUCAGAGCUGAAUAUUUACAUACGUGGGGUACUUUAAUGCCAAAUAUCAAUAAACUGAAGACGUGUGGAAUUCAUUCCAAGUAUAUGAGAGCUAUGUAUCCUACCAAAACCUUCCCAAAUCAUUACACCAUUGUCACAGGUUUGUAUCCAGAAUCACAUGGCAUCAUUGACAAUAACAUGUACGAUGUAAAUCUCAACAAGAACUUUUCCCUUUCUUCACCGGAGCAAAAGAAUCCAGCCUGGUGGCACGGGCAACCAAUGUGGCUGACAGCAAUAUAUCAAGGUUUAAAAGCUGCUACCUUCUUUUGGCCAGGAUCAGAGGUGCCUAUAAAUGGCACCUUGCCUUCCAAAUAUGUGCCUUAUAACAGGAGUGUCCCCUAUGAAAAGAGGAUCUUUACAAUAUUAGAAUGGCUGGACUUGCCCGAAGCUGAAAGACCCAGUUUUUAUACCAUGUACUUGGAAGAGCCUGAUUCUUCAGGACAUGACAGUGGACCAGUCAGUGCCAAAGUAAUUAAAGCCUUACAGUUAGUAGAUGAUGCUUUUGGAAUGUUGAUGGAAGGCCUGAAGCAGAGGAAUUUACACAAUUGUGUCAAUAUAAUCCUUUUGGCUGACCAUGGAAUGGACCAGACUUACUGUGACAAGAUGGAAUAUAUGAGUGAUUAUUUUCCCAAAAUAAACUUCUACAUGUUUGAAGGACCUGCCCCCCGCAUCAGGGCUCGUAAUAUACCUCAUGACUUUUUUAGUUUUAAUUCUGAAGAAAUUGUUCAGAAUCUCAGUUGCCGAAAACCUGACCAGCAUUUCAAACCCUAUUUGUCUCCUGAUCUGCCAAAACGAUUACACUAUGCCAAAAACGUCAGAAUCGACAAAGUUCAUCUUCUGGUGGAUCGACAAUGGCUGGCUGUGAGGUAUAGAUCAAAUUCAUUCUGCGGAGGAGGCAACCACGGUUAUAACAACCAGUUUAAGAGCAUGGAGGCUUUCUUUAUUGCACAUGGACCCAGUUUUAAAAAGAAGACUGAAAUUGAACCAUUUGAAAACAUUGAAGUCUAUAACCUAAUGUGUGAUCUUCUACACAUUCAACCAGCACCGAAUAAUGGAACCCAUGGUAGUUUAAACCAUCUUCUGAAGGUGCCUUUUUAUGAUCCAACUCACACAGAGGAAGUGUCAAAGUCUUCUGUUUGUGGCUUUACCACUCCGUUGCCCACAGAUCCUCUAGACUGUCUCUGCCCUCAGUUACAAAACAAUUCUCAGCUAGAACAAGUGAAUCAAAGGCUAAAUCUCAGCGAAGAAGAAAUAACAGCAACAAUGAAAGUCAAUUUGCCAUUUGGGAGGCCCAGGGUGGUGCAGAAGAACGUGGACUACUGUCUGCUUUACCACGGGGAAUAUGUCAGUGGAUUUGGCAAAGCUAUGAAGAUGCCCAUGUGGAGCUCAUAUACAUUCCCCCAGCCGGGAAACACAUCGCCUCUUCCUCCCACUGUCCCAGACUGUCUGCGGGCUGAUGUCAGGGUCGCUCCUUCGGAGAGCCAAAAAUGUUCCAUCUAUUUAGCAGAAAAGAAUAUCACCCACGGCUUCCUCUAUCCUCCCGCAAACAGUAGAACUUCUGAUAGUCAAUAUGAUGCUUUAAUUACAAGUAAUUUUGUGCCUAUGUAUGAAGAAUUUAAAAAAAUGUGGGACUACUUCCACCAUGUCCUUCUUAUAAAAUACGCAGCAGAGAGAAAUGGAAUCAAUGUGGUUAGUGGACCGAUAUUUGAUUAUAAUUACGAUGGCCAUUUUGAUGCUGCAAAUGAAAUUACUGAACAUGUGGUCGGCACCAGUGUUCCCAUCCCAACUCACUACUUUGUAGUGCUGACAAGUUGUAAAAACAGGAGCCACACACCUGAAAACUGCCCUGGCUGGUUGGAUGUCCUCCCGUUUAUCAUCCCUCACAGACUUACCAAUGUGGAGAGCUGUCCUGAAAAUAAACCGGAAGAUCUGUGGGUUGAAGAAAGAUUUAAAGCACACGUUGCACGGGUUCGAGAUGUAGAACUUCUUACGGGGCUUGACUUUUACCAAGAAAAAUUACAGCCUGUUUCUGAGAUUUUGCAACUAAAGACAUAUUUACCCACAUUUGAAACCGUUAUUUAAAAAAAAAAAAAUAGUGACUAAUUCUCGCAUAAAUUGGAUUUA